AUGCCAUCGGAUAAAAGCGUCGGUAGCGCUGAUGAUUCGUUUACAACAUUUUUUUCGGAAACUGGAUCAGGUAGACAUGUUCCACGUGCAGUUAUGAUCGAUCUAGAACCAACUGUCAUCG